GCCAAACUCACCAACUCCGCCCUCGCGCCCGCGGGAGCCGGGAGCCCGGAGCCCGGCCCCGGCCGCCCGGCGAGCGAACAUGGCAGCAGCAUGAGAAGGCUGGCGCCGGGUCGUGGCCGCCGCCGCUCUGCCGUUCCGCAUCCGCGCCCUGCGCCCUCCGAGCCUCCUCCUUAACCGGCCUCCCGGUGGCUAUUUCCUUUGGAGCAGCGGGCGGCGAGGAUUGGAACCCCCACCCGCCCGCAGCCUGGCCGGUCCGGUCGAGGCUUCUGCGUGCGACUCUCCGGCUGCGGUAAACGACGCGCGCGGGGGAGAGAGCCGGUCCCGGUUGCGGCGGCGCGGGCGCGCGGGGAUGAGCCGGCCAUGGAGCGGCCUCGGCGGGGCGCACGCAGCCGGCCCGCGCUGCCGCUGGGGAGCCGCCUGAGCCCGGGUUCCGCGGGGCUUCGGGGCCUCGGGCACCCCGGCGGGGUCCCUGCCGCCGCCUCCGGGAAGGACGGGAGCCUCGCGUGGCGGACCCUGCAGCGGUCACCGUGCUGAGACGCAGCUCGGUGCGUUCUUGGGCACCCGGGCGCCCUGCCCGGUGCACGGUGGCUGGCGCACCGCGGCGAGCCGGGUGCCAGACUGUCUAGAGGGGUGUGUGUGUGUGUGUGUGUGUGGUGUGCGCGCGCGUGUUCGAGCGGAGAUCCCGAGCUAACGCCGAACCAGGCGGAUCGGAGCAGCCAUGCUUCCCGGGGUAGGCGUGUUCGGCACUAGCCUCACGGCCCGUGUCAUCAUCCCGCUGCUGAAAGACGAGGGCUUUGCGGUGAAGGCGCUGUGGGGCCGCACGCAGGAGGAAGCGGAGGAGCUGGCCAAGGAGAUGAGCGUCCCCUUCUACACCAGCCGCAUUGACGAAGUGCUGCUGCAUCAAGACGUGGACUUGGUGUGCAUCAACCUUCCGCCGCCCCUCACCAGGCAGAUCGCCGUCAAGACUCUGGGCAUCGGCAAGAACGUCAUCUGCGACCGCGCGGCCACGCCGCUGGACGCCUUCCGCAUGAUGUCGGCCGCCCACUACUACCCGAAGCUCAUGAGCGUCAUGGGCAACGUGCUGCGCUUCCUGCCGGCCUUCGUGCGCAUGAAGCAGCUCAUCGAGGAGGGCUACGUGGGCGAGCUGCUGGUGUGCGAGGUGCAGGUGCAUGGCGGCAGCCUGCUGGGCAAGAAGUACAACUGGAGCUGCGACGACCUGAUGGGCGGCGGCGGGCUGCACUCGGUGGGCACCUACAUCAUCGACCUGCUGACCUUCCUCACCGGCCAGAAAGCCGUCAAGGUCCACGGGCUGCUCAAGACCUUCGUGAAGCAGACCGACCACAUCAAGGGCAUCCGCCAGAUCACCAGCGACGACUUCUGCACCUUCCAGAUGGUGCUGGAGGGCGGCGUGUGCUGCACUGUCACCCUCAACUUCAACGUGCCCGGCGAGUUCAAGCAGGACGUGACCGUGGUGGGCUCGGCCGGGCGCCUCCUGGCCGUGGGCACGGACCUGUACGGCCAGCGCAACAGCGCCCCGGAGCAGGAGCUGCUGGUGCAGGACGCCACGCCGGUCAGCAACUCCCUGCUGCCCGAGAAGGCCUUCAGCGACAUCCCGUCGCCCUACCUGCGUGGCACCAUCAAGAUGAUGCAGGCCGUGCGCCAGGCCUUCCAGGACCAGGACGAUCGGCGCACGUGGGACGGCCGGCCGCUCACCAUGGCCGCCACCUUCGACGACUGCCUGUACGCCCUGUGCGUGGUGGACACCAUCAAGCGGUCCAGCCAGACGGGCGAGUGGCAGAACAUCGCGGUGAUGACCGAGGAGCCCGAGCUGAGCCCCGCCUACCUGAUCAGCGAGGCCAUGCGGCGCAGCAGGGUGUCUCUGUACUGCUAGCCCAGACUGGGGGGACCGGGACGGGGGCGACCCGGACUGGGGACCCGGCGUGACCCAGGCCUCCAGCCAGAGGGUGGGGGUGGGGGGAAGGGAGAGGUGGUCUCGAGGAGUCUGGGGGCCGGGAAGUGGAAAGGGGCAGUGUGUGGGAAUGGGGUCCGGGAGGCCGAGCCCCUACCCGGAUGAGGGGCCCCAAUCGAGACUGUGUUGGGGGGCUGCCUCCCGCUGCCCUUCAACUGUGAGCAGCCGGGAGGGCUGGCUGGCCUCUGCACCACAUUCAUCGCGGGCGGACUCCCACCCUCCCCCCUCCACCUCCCCCACGUCGUCUUGGCCUCCUUUGCAAGCCAAAGGCCCCUGCGCAAUCAAGGCCCCUGAAUCCAACAGGCGAGCUCAGCGGGCAGGAGAAGGCGCAUGGUUAGGUGGCCACGCCAGCCCCUUGGUCUGGGGAGAGGCAGGUAUCGGUGGCUAAAGAGAAAGUUCAGAUUCCAGGAAGCCACUUACAGGGUCUGUGGGGGAUAAAGUACUUGGUAGCAAAGUACGCAGCUUUCUUGAAGGCUGGGCCGCGGAAGCUGGAGGGAGGAGAUGUCUUCCUAAUUGACUUAUUGCCCUUUUCCUGGCCUGAGGCGAGGUCAAGGAGUGCCAGGAAGGGCCAGCAGAGAAUUGCGUUCCCUGGAGCCAAAAGGUGAGGGCAAGGGCACCGGAAAUAGACAAGGGGGAGAAGCAGAUUUCCCUUUGCAUGUGUCAGGAUUAAAAGCCCACAAGGAGCCACCUUGUAACUGUUUCCGGUGCAGUGUUGACAUGGUCCUUUCACAGGACGGAGGAGACAGCAGGACCGAGGUGUGGGUCUGACCACAGGCUCCUGGGCUUUUGUCCAGGCUCUGGGGGCAGCCGUGAGCCCCAGGCUCGCAGGGGCAAGUCCCCAGCAGAAGGGAAAGUGAGCCAGCCCUGCACCCGUCUCUCCUGGCAAGCUGGGGAAGGGCUCCCAGGAGAGUCCCCAGCUUUGUGGAUUUUAAAAGGGAAGCCUUCAGGUUCAUGCAGAUAUAAUCUUCUUCCCUUUGGGGGAGAAAAAUGUCAAGGCUCUUUUCCUUAGUUUGGACCUUUGCUCUCAUGCAUCAAAAAAGUGAAAAAUUGUGACUAGGUAUUAAAACAAAAGGAAAACAAGGAACAUUAUUUUCAGUAUUUCUAAAUGGGGUUUUAGAACCCUCUGAGGUGUAUAGCUUGCAUAGGCUUGAGCAAGCUAAUGUAGGAAAAAACAUCUUCUCCCUCCCCUGGUCUCCUCUCCCUCUUAUCUUAACGCCCUCUGCUUACUUUUAUUGGAGAUGGCAGACUGCAGGCUUGGAGCAGGCAGAGCCAGAGGGAACCACCAGAGACAGACAGACACACACACAUUUAUAAAUGCUGUCUACCAUCAUUUUCACUAAAAUCCCUCUUAGGAAUUCAGACCUGGUCUUGAAAGAAAGCUCAAGUCAAAUACAUUUUGAAAAUGAGGACUUAUCCUAUUGCUUCCUUUUCUUAAUUCUCCACACAUAGGAUAUUUGUUGAGGUUGGCUGUUGAGGCGGUUACUUGCAAGUCUACAGAGUCUGUUCACCGAAACCCAGCUGUUGUCGUCAGCAGACAAGUAACAUUUGGAGUCUUUUCAGAUGGGCCACAGUGGGCCUGGAAGGGAGUUUAAGGGCUGAGAGUGGACCCCAGGCUCUGAGCAGGCAAAGUCUCAAAAUGCACUAACUGUCUGAUCAGUGGCUACUCCAUCCUCAUACGCUCUGCAUCCCAGGCUGACCCUGGGUGCAAUGACGCCAUGUCCAAACACCCCGGAAUAUUGGUAUUUUCUAGCACAGAGGAGUAGGAAUCAUCUUCCUAGGAAGAAUUUCCCUGCUUCCUGGGCUUUCCUGCCACGUGGGAAGGUUAGCCGGCUACAACUCUCCAUCAUAUGAUUGGUUCCUGCUCGGUUGACAGAAUCAGCAUGCCAGCUUUUGUAGCUAACAGCUCAAAACUAGAGGUUUGCUAGCAUGGAAGUCUUUCAGUGAGAGUUUGAGUGGAAGGCCAUGCCAUGGACCUUUGGGGUUCAGAUUCUCCUAAAUUCCUCUUUGGAUUUAUAGCUUUUGUAGAAACUGAGUGGAAAGAUUUUUUUUUUUUUCUAGUUGUCCCAAAGGGUUGUGAUUGAGGAAGAAAAGGAAACUAGUGACCCUAUGGGUCUUGUUUUUCUAAGUCAUUUAUAAUCUAAGUGGGGCUGUUCCUGAGGGUUCAAUCUUGUUUCUGUACUUUAAAUACUUGGAAGUUCUUUUCCCCCCAAAGAUCUCUGAACUCUGUGAUGAAUACUUAGUGUCUAAAACAAAAAUUCUCAUUUGAGGCGGGGGUAUAUGGAAGAAUCUAUAUUCUUAAAAAGAAGCAUGAAAAAUAUUUUAGUAGGUGUACUCAAAUUUUAUCUACUGAAAUGCAUGUGAUAGGUAGAUGCAGGAACAGGUGGAAGAAAAGGCCUAGAUGGUUCAUUUUGUUAAUAGAAAAGCUACAGUAAAUGGCUUUGUUAGUGCUUCUUUGGCCCCAGUCCUGUCACUUGCAAAGACGUUAUUAGGAGCCACAAUACAAAGUUGAAAUCUCCAGCUCUCAACAGCAUUCUCUAGGACUUUGUCCCAGCCCAGCACCCUUAGUAGUACCCUCAGGGGACUGGGUACUCUUGGCUGGAUUGGAGCUUAGAUGAAGCUUCUGGAGUCAUCCAGCCCCCCUCUCUCUCUCUGCCUUGUUGACUGUGUUUCAAGGGUCCAGCAUAAUACAGGCUCCAUUUCAGGGUCAUCAUAGUUAGUCCCCACUUGCCUGGUUUAUCCCCUUCAUUAUUUUUGGGGGGGGGGGGACUCUGAUAACUGGAUGUUUGGCUCAUGACACUGGUAGCCUCAGCAGAUGUUCCAGAUUCUGAGAGAGGGUGUAAGGGGUGCUCACCUGGUGCCCACAAGUGUUUGGGAAUGCUCUGUGCUUAUUUGGAAGGUUUGGGUUCUCUGAGUUUUCUCCUGGAGAGUUGUUGAUCCCUGUCAGCUCCCUCUAUGACUCCUCCUCACCCCCCUGGGAGAGGUGUGGCAGGGACCACAGGGCAACCUCAGCCCACCUUGGGCCCCUGAGGGCAGUCUUGGCCGACUCCAGCUGAAGCGGAAGUUCUCCCAGGCCCUUUUUCCCUCUGCAGAGAGCCAUCUCAGUCCUCUCUGUGCCCACAUUUCCUGAUCAUCUGCUGCGUUUAGGGUAUUUGAAGUGUGGUGGUUUAGUUGCUCAGUCAUAUCUAACAUUUGCAACCCUGUAGACUGUAGCCCACCAGGCUCCUCUGUCCAUGGGAUUUUCCAAGCAAGAAUGCUGGAGUGGGUUGCCGUUCUCUCCUCCAGGGGAUCUUCCUGGCCCAGGGAUUGAACCGGGGUCACCUGCAUUGCAGGUGGAUUCUUUGCCAGCUGAGCCAAGGACAUUCUCUUACUUAAUCCAUAAAACCACCCUAUAAUAUUGGGUAUCGUUAGUCCCAUUUUACACAUGAGAAAAUUGAGGCUGAGCGGAUGAGUCACUUGCCCAGGGUCACAAAACUAUGAAGUACAAGGGGGAGUCACCUGAAUCCAAAAACCUUCCUUCUCCUCCAAACCUCAAGGCCUCCCACGAAGGAAGGUGUGCGCCUCUGCCGUUCUUUGCCAGGCAGGAGAGCGCUCCUUGUUGAACCCUGUCGGGGUCUGCGGGGCCACAGUGAUUCGAGUCCGCUGUGCCCUGCGUGGGGCUCCCCGCUGUGGCUGUCAACACCUCCCCGUGGAGCCAGGUGUCACAGUUGCUGUUCUGCCAGAAGUUUCCUUGUAGAGCUGCAAAUAGAAGAGUCUAUUUUUCUUCCUUUUCCAAACUGGAAAUAUCACUCAGCUUCUUUUAAAAUCAACUUCCUAAGUUGAUUCUGAUGGCAGGCGAUGCAGCCAACCGCAGAGCUGGGGAUUUUUAAGACGUUGUUGGCUGAUUAUUACGGGGUUGUGCUCUUGCUGGUCCUAAUAACAUAGGAAAAUGUCUCUUCUCAGGGAGUGGGGCGUUGACUGUGCAUCUGACUCGGAUGUUAGCUGUGCGUGGCAUUUGUACCUUUAGACUCUCUUAAUUCUUAAUCUUGUCUCAUAGCCGCAGCUGUUGAAAUGGACCUGUGGUCAAAGAUGUGGUUUCUAAUUGCAUCGCUUUCAUCCUAGUGGGUAUGGCAGAAUGGGGGAAAUUCAGCAUUGGUAAGGGUACCCUGAGGAGAAAGUAACUCCAGCUGCGACUGAAGGGAAUUCAGAGCCAAUAUAUUCAAUAGUUCCUCUUACAACCCCAAGAGGUUGUCGCUGUCGAUGUUCAGUUGCUGAGUCGUGUCCAACUCUUUGCAACCUCAUGGACUGCAGCACACCAGGCAUCCCUGUGCUUAGCUGUCUCCCUGAGUUGGCUCAAACUCAUGUCUGUUGAGUCGAUGAUGCCAUCCAAUCAUUUUGUCCUCUGUCACCCCCUUCUCCUCCUGCCCUCAAUCUUUCCCAGCAUUAGGGUCUUUUCUAAUGAGUCAACUCUUCACAUCAGGGGCCACAGUGUUGGAGCUUCAGCACCAGUCCUUCCAAUGAAUAUUCGGGGUAGAUUUCCUUUAGGAUUGACUGACUGAUCUCCUUGCUGUCCAAGGGACUCCCGAGAGUCUUCUCUAGCACCCCAAGAGGCUAAGUAAUGUAAAAAUAAAGGAACUGAACAUGCCACUUCUCAGCCAGGACUGAAACCCCAGUUUUCUGACUCAGAGCCCCAUGCUGCCUCCCACAGCAUCUCAGAGCUCUCAGAUGGGGAGGGGGAGGCCCGCAGCGGUGACAUGACUUGUCCGAGAUCCCAGGGCGAGUUGGGAGAAGAGUCGCAGUGAGAGCUGGGACUGCAGCUGACUGUGGUCCCUGAGCUGUUACAGCCGAAUUCACUUAAAAAAAAAUCAAUUAUGUCUCUAAUGUAGUCAGAAAACUAACUGUUUAGCAUUUCCCAUUGUGACUGUAGUGUGAACAGUGGUCUAUAAUUUGUACUGUGUUUGGCGAGGAUGGGGAGCACACGUUCAGAUGCUCACCUCUGAGAUUCCCGGAGGCCAUCUCUCCUAGGCCCCGCCCCCUGGGUCCAGAAUAGGCCUUGACCAGCUUAGGACUCCUGGUCCACCACCGUCUCUCCAUUUGCAGGCUUCCAAAGCCUGCAGUUCACGGGCAGAGGCCACGACCCUGGAGAGUUUUGUUUUUUGUUUUUAAAUCAACUCUCAGAGCCCCGCACUUCAGUUCCCUUUUGGGGACAGCGAGACAGGUAAUGAGAUAAGAGCUGUGCUUGUCUGCAGCCCCCCAGGCGCCCGCCCAGCCUGCCGCAGCCCAGGGCAGUGUCCCGGGUUUGAGGGGACGGCCCUGAACUGGCCUUCAGGACUCCUCCCAAGAGGACCGAAAACCUUCAGUGCUGCUCUCCGAGGCGCUGGGCUCAGCGGUGUCAUCAGAGUUCGGAGGUGAGGUCAGUAAGCGCCGCGGACCUGAGUGACCACACCAGUUUGAGCAGCAGAAGGCGGUGGCCUGCUGACUUUUUCCCUGCUUCAUCACGGUUCCUGUUUGCUGGAGGCCUUGCGAGGGCCACCCGAGCAUCUGGCUGUCUGUCAGGCUCCUACAUCACUGCACUACUGAAUACUCUGGAGUCCGUUGCCCUUGUCUGUCCACAGCAAGAGUGAAUAGAGGGGUAACAAGACCAUGUCACGUGCAGGGGUUCCAUGCUGGGCGGGGCAGCCAAGCUUGCCGGGGUGGUGUGAACAGGGCCCCCAGAGCAACCCUGGUGCCCGCCGUCCUUCCCCGUCCAGGUCUCUGCUGUCCUCCCGCAGCCAUCACAAGGGCUAUGUUGUUGUUGGCGGAGCCCUGUGGUUUCUCCCCAUAAACUCGAUGACUGCUUGGUGAUUCUCGUCCGCGGCUGGGAAACAAAACCCAAGCUGGCGACCUACCCUCUUCCUUUGCUGCCCUUUUCUCUGUCCGGCGUCCAGCCGUGUUUAGUAUUCUGGCCCUGUGCCUUGCCCAGGGGAGGCAGGAGUUUCUCGUGAUGAUGGCUUUCUGUUUGUCGCCUGGUGCUUUUACUGUGUUUUAUUUUUUAACCAAAAUUGCAUCUGUUUGGUUGUCAGUGUUGAGUAUGUAUUUAUUGUGUUUUACAGACAUGAGUAUAUAUAUGUAUGUAUAUGUAUAAAAAAACUUAUCUAUGAAAAGUCAAGGCAUGUAAACUAGAUAUUUUAAAGAGUUAUUUAUCAAGGGGAAAAAAUGUGUGUUAUAAAGUAAACAGAGUCUAUAUUUUAUAUAUAAUGUAGAUAGCAAAACAUAGCUUAUAAAUUAUAGAAGGUUUGGGUUUUCUUUUUUUAUUAUUAAAGCAAAAAGCAAAAAAAAAAGAAAAGACAAUGAAUGCAACCGUUCUUCGUGUUUUACAAGCUGAACUGCUGUGGGUGGUGGCCUUCCCUCCCGGGCCCUUGGGUUGAACAGUCUGUACUCCGGGCCUGAUGCCCGUGUUACGUCUGUGAUGCUCAGGGGGCCACGGCUUACCAUCACCCCGCCAACUGGCAUGUGCCACUUCAAAUGUGGCCUCCUGCUGUCCUCCCCAGUUGACAUUGGCAGGAUAAAGGAAUGGAAGUAGCAAAUAAAGAUUGAAGAGAAGAUGUAA